CACCGCCAGGUUCGCGGGGGCGCCUCCUCGGCGCCCGCAGCCGAUAACAGCGCGGCGAGUGGCCGCCAGGAGUCGGCGCCGUCUCCGCCGCCACCAGACACCGUCCGCCGCAAAACCUCCUGCUCCGGUGAAGUUUGUCUUUACUGCAUUCAGUCUGGACAGGUGUAAUGAUUGACAUGCUCUCCUCAAGCAGCUAGUCUCUUCCAGAUGUGGCAUAGACAGUAAAUACCAAGAAACAAUAGAAUCAAAUGGAAAACCACACCACAACAAGAUGGACAAACAGCCAAUGUGCAAAAGACAACAAACUAUGCAGAUUCAAAAAUGAAGAAAUAUUGAGAACAUAACCAACACAAUGGCUCAGUAGGACACCAGUAAAAAGCUCAUGUUAAAUCUAAAUGGAUAAAAUCACUGGUGCACCAAAAUUUUCAGCUCUCUCAUCUUAUUCUAUUAAUGAAACUAAGGGAAGCUUUAACUUUUGGCAACAUGGAUUCAAGAAAUCAGCUCCCAAGUGCACGCUUAUUUUUAAACCUCCAAAGAUUACUUUCCUCUUCAUCUUUGCCUUGUGGACCUUGGCAUUCACAGUAAAUACAAAGAAACACAAUAGAAUCAAUGAAAGACCACAUACAAGGCAGACGCACAACCAAUGUGCAGAAGACAGCAAACUUUCAAUUACAAAAGAAGAAAAAAAUAAAUACAUAAGCAAUAAAUAUCGAGAACAUGAGAUGAAAGUCCUUGAAAGUGAGUCUGUAGAUUGCAGGAACAGUUCAGUAUUUGGGAUGAUGUGAAUGUGUAGGAAAUGUGGCGUUACUCUGUGGUCGGCACUACUUGAAUUCUUCAAACUAAGAUGUACACUUAAUGAGCUGAAGAAUCGGCCAUGCCGGGAGACCUUUGCGGGAAGUGCUGUUUGAUCUAUAUAUGCGUACCAGCAAGGGCGUUCUGCAGCGUGUUGCAUUGCAGCAGAAACUGAGUGAAAUCGACAGAACGGAUCCGCUUAAAGUGGGUUGAUACGGAAAGAUGUACAGUACGUUUAGUCCCAAAGAACCUGGGCCAAGCCUUUCUGAUAUGCAUCAGUACAGUCAAUGGUUGGCAAGUAGACACGAAGCUAGUUUAUUACCAAUGAAAGAGGAUUUGGCUCUAUGGUUGACAAAUUUACUAGGAAAAGAAAUUACUGCAGAAAGCUUUAUGGAAAAGUUGGAUAAUGGAGCACUUCUCUGCCAGCUUGCACAAACAUUGCAAGAAAAAUUCAGAGAAAACAACAGUGAAAACAGAUUAGCCAAGAGUCUGCUUCUGAAGAAGAUUCCUUGCAAAGCUAAUGCUCCUUCGGGUUCUUUCUUUGCUCGUGACAAUACUGCAAACUUCCUCGCCUGGUGUAGGGAAGUAGGGGUAGAUGAUACGUGCCUUUUUGAAUCUGAAGGUUUGGUACUUCAUAAGCAGCCCAGAGAAGUGUGCCUGUGCUUGCUGGAACUGGGGAGAAUAGCUUCCAGGUUUGGAGUAGAACCAUCAGGGCUGGUCAAACUAGAAAAAGAAAUUGAGCAGGAAGAGUCACAUUCUACACCAUCCCCAUCUCCAUCUCCAACUAAAUCUGGAAAGAAGAGUGCGGGAAAGUUGCUUGAUGAUGCAGUGAAACAGAUUUCAGAAGAUCCCCCUUGUAAAUGUCCACAGAAGUUUUCCGUGGAGAGACUUUCUCAAGGACGAUAUCGUGUUGGAGAAAAGAUUCUAUUCAUUCGGAUGCUGCAUAACAAGCAUGUAAUGGUUCGUGUAGGAGGAGGCUGGGAGACAUUUGAAGGCUACCUACUGAAGCAUGACCCCUGCCGAAUGUUGCAGAUUUCCAGAGUGGAUGGCAAGACCUCUCCAGUCUCCAACAAGUCCCCAACAAUCAAAGAUUCGAGUCCUGAUAGUUACCUCGUGGUAGCUGCCCACUACAGAAGCCGAAGAGAGAGUCCCAAUAACAAUAGUGGUAACUGGAGAACAAAGUGAUUGCUGUGUGUUCGCCAUGCAACUGGAUCCACUCCAUUAUCUUCAUUAAUACAAAAUAUCAAAGCUGAUACCAUCCCUUUCAAACUGAGCAGGCUAUGAAUAACUAACUCCCACUCACCCUAAGACUGGGCUUUUGGUGAAAUGAGAAAAGAGCCAAAAAAAAUCUGGAUAAUCAAACUGAGGAAAAAAUGUAGUAACAGCGCUGUUGAUAGAUUUUAGAGAAAAUGAUUGGGAUAUUAAAUAAAUAGACCUAACUAUUUAAGUUACACCUUGGGAAAAUUCAUUGUUGGAAAUUGGUAAGAUUGUAGCUGUGCCUAUUUUGAUUACAGACAUUCUGCAUAUUGUUUGACAAUCACACUUCCUGCCCUUCUUUAAAAAAAAACACUUCAUUAAUUUUAAACAUAAUGUUAAUGACACACACACUUGUACACUAACAGUUUAGGUGGGCUCAAAGGCUACAAGUUGAUCAGGUACAAUGGUCCGGAUACUUGCACAUUGCUAGCAAUCAUAACUGCACCAUUUCCAUUCAGUCAUACAUAUGACCAUUCCUUUUGAGUGUUUGGUUUCCCUCUCAAUUUUGAGCAUCCAAAAUUCACUGUGGAUGACUGGUAUUUUUAGCAAGCAACUAAUCUUAAUGCUCAGCAAUAUCUGUCCUUAUAAGAGUUACAACAUUAUCCCAAUGUUUCAAUCCAGUUUAUUCUGCUUUCCAAUUUUUUCCACUCCUGAAAUUCACACGAUCUAUGCAAUCAUUCUCCUAACAUCACACUCUAUCAAAGCAACAGCAAUGCGCAAAGAACCAUUUUCAACCAGGCAGGAUACUUAAUAGAUAAUUAGUGAAUCUGCAUAUGUUUGCUAGCACAUAUUCUUAACUUAUUUUAAAAAAGCACUAUCGAAUCAAUGCCACUACAAUUGCAUAGCAACUUGGCUGAUCCAAGCUUGGCCUCAACUCCACUUUCCCACUCUCUCCCCAUACUCCUUAGCUCCCUUGCAUUAAAUUCCUAUAGAUUCAUUUCUAAUGAAGUUAAAAAAGUACUACUUUCUUAGAAAGCUGAGCAGAGAGUGAGAACAAAAGCUGCAAUAACCCUCUCCCCCUCCCCUGUUCAGAAUCCCAGAGAUUAAAGUAUAGCUUUAUUAGCUUUUGUAAUUUCCAUUUCUUACAUGUAGAUCAAAAAAUAAGUGACCAACGUGCCUAUAAGUCACUGACCAGAUCUGCUGCUGACAUUAAAUGAUAGCAAAACUCUCUUCACAUGCAUGUUUACACCUUAUAUUUAAUUUACAUCUUCCAUUUAAAAGAAAGUGAUAUUUUCCCUUACUCUUAUCCUGACACAUGUAAAUACAAACAUUUUCAUUGUACAGGCAGGCAGGAAUAGCAGCAAAUUAUUCAACUUUGUGUAUUACAAAACAACAUUGCUUUACUUCACCUGACUAGACCUGAAGCGAUUAAAAUAUCAAGCUUACAGAAGGAAUAUCAACAAUAAGUGCAAUUAAGUCCAAUAGAUCUGCUGGAAUAAGGGACCCGAUUGUGCUACAUCAAGCUGGCUGCUUUGAACAACCAUCUGGGGCCUCUACACAAUGUCAAUAGCUGGCCAGUCUUCCGACCGGUGGCAGAGCCAGUAUAAUGACUGGGAUACUGGAGCUGUUGUGUAGAGUUUCCAAUGUGGAACAGCCACAGAUAGCCUUUGACAGAAAGCAAAAUUGUCAGAUUAUAAAAAUACUUAAACUCUGUCAAACAUUUAAACCUCAAUGUCAAACAAACUUGUUUUAUUUUAUUCAAGUUAAAUUCAAAUGGAUAGAAGGAAAAAUUAUUAAACUCACCCCAAUACCAAUUCCCACAUGUCAACCUAAUCAAGAACCAUUAUUAGAUUUCAGCUCCAAGGAUCGAUGUGGUGAUUUCCCAGGCAGGAUAUCUUGGGAAAUCCGGAUCCCAUGAUUAGACUCCGUGAGGGAUCUCUAAAAUCUGCAAGUAAGUUCUGAUCUUGAAGCCUGUUCACAUAACUGCAAGAUGAAGUCCAGUUUGAGUGUCUGAAACCUAGUGGUUUCAUGCAGAACCACCAGCCACUGUCAGCAUAGUUUGUCACAUUCUUACUAUUUCUUUCAAAUCUUCAAAACUUUCAAAACUUCAUUUAAUUUGCACAGAUCAGCUGCACCUUGCAGAAUAGAUUUAAGCAAACAUAAAAUUCUUUCAGUUAGUAAGUUAUAGUUGUAACAGCUUCUUCUCAAUCCCUUACUCAAUACUAAUGGACAAAUAACUUAAAAGAUGCUGAUAUUCAAUAUGCUUGUUUAAACAAAAAAGGACUAUGAAUAGGUAUAAGCAUAAAAGCUGAUACAAAAAUCUUACAUUGAUCUCCUAUUCAUUUAUUACCUCAUCUCAAAAUAAAUUUAAGUAAACAGACGCUGAAAAUCGUGAUUGAGAAAAGAUGUUGGAAAACAUUCCAGAAAUCAGAUAGCAUCUGGGAAAAAGAACUUACUUUAAAAUGGAGUUUUCUCCAUUAAAUAAUUCUUAUGCAAUUGUGAAAUCCAUAGACAUUAUAUUGUUCAAUGAGGUGAUUUAAGAUAAUGCACUGGUUUUAUUUACACAAAAUGAUCUAAGUCACCAAGAAUAUAAACCAUUUCAUUUAGGUUCAGUGUCCGGAGAAUAAGUGGAGUCAGGACGUUCAUUUGACUUCAAGUAAUAGGGAGGAAUUUCCCUGAAUAAUUUAUGCAACUGUGUUUGUUAGUGAAUUGCUGUAGUUACACAUCAAUGAAGAACUGUGAAUAUCCAACUAUAUAUACAUGCAAUACAUGACUGGAAACUGUCCUGUCAAAAGGACUGUUAGCACGCGAGCUAAAUGUCAUUAUUCAAGGAUAAGUGAACUAGAAAGCAUAAUAUUAGAAAGAAUUAGCACCUACAUAUUUAUUUUAGCUUUGCUAAAUUUGGCACAAUCAUUUUCAACCUACAUAGCUCCAAGUAGUAUAUAAGAGUAUAAUUAGAUUUCAAGGUAAAAUUUUCAUUAUGUUGUGGCAUAAAAUGUCAGCAUUUAACAUUCAAUUAUAAAGGCAGGCUAAGCAGAAUUUAAUAAAACUGUUACUUUGCUCUUGAACGUUUCUUUGCAGCUUAUGAAGUAACAACACUUGACAUUAUUUUUCACUCAGAAUAAUAAGUUAUAAUACCAAGAGAGAUGAUUGAAAGAUGAUUCUGCAGAUCUGAAUGGCUUUUGUUUAAGGACUGCACAAAUCCCCAACACAUUGGCACAAAACAUACAGUGAGUUUGUUUUUACGAAGCAAUUCAUUUGUCUAAUUAGAAUAUGGUAUCAAUUUAAAAUAACAUUUGUAAAAACUUAGCUUAUACAGUUUAGUUAGGACUUUUGUUUUAAAGUUGAAGUUGUUUUCUUUCCAUUAAACACAUUCCCACUGACAACAAGCAUCUUGUAGGAAUCUGUUCAGACCACUUUGUCGGUAAUGCGUGAUAAAUGCACUGCUUUGUAAUAAAUAUAGAUUCAAGUGCCUAAUUAAUACAUUAUCAUUUCAAUUCUCAACAACUUCAGAAAUACAGCAUGACACUGGGUAUAAGUUGUCACAAGGUGUUAAACCUAAAAAUAUUAACAACACCUAGAAGGGUUAUAGGGACUUUUCUGCCUGAAGUCAGCAUAACAUAAACGAUGCUCUGAAAUAUCUACAACUAAUCUUGGAGCUGUCGAUGGCUAGUAGAUCUGCAGCAACCUACAUCACUGAGCCUGUUUAAAUAGGUAGUAGAUAAAACAUGCUUAUAUUUCCCAACCCAAAUUUACAUCCCUUCUAAGCAUCAUAGCACAUACUGCAUUUUUAAUUAGCAUCAAUUAUUUUAAUGUGUUAUUUUGACAGUAACAAAGGAUUCAAUUUUAAUGCAGUGGCUUAAGAAUUUGCAAUGAGAAUAACAGCAAAGUUACGACAGAACUUCUAGAUUGCACUUGUGUUGUUAAGUGUAGAAGCUGCCAUUAGUGAAGCCUUCCUCUUUCACUAGGUUGAGGCAUUUUUCAGCCUUCUCAAGUGUGAAAAAUUAUAUAUGUAUGUUACACUUUGUUGAAUUAUUUUUAAUAGUGUACAAUUUAUAAUUACUGUUUAACAGCACUUCUAGACCAUAAAAUCUGUGAAUGCCAUUUCCUCAAAUAUUUUAAAAUUCCAUGCUUUAUAAAAUCAAUAAAGUUUAUGGCAUUUCCA